AUGGAAGUGGCCUCGGAGCUAUCGCCGAAGCAGCUGACGCAUACCCUGCAGGGCCUCAGCCGCAGCCAGUUGGACGCGGAGCCGCUGCUGCCGGCGUUGAAGCGCCGGGCGCAGCAGUUGGCGCAUGUCCUCUUUGGUACCCAUGCGGUCACGGUCCUCGUAGCCCUUUCAGAUGCCCAGCAGUUGGACCAUCAGAUUCUGAAGACUUUGUCCGAGACCAUCUUGAGACACUUGGAUCGGCUCUCAGCUCAGGACUACAUCGCCGUGCUCUCCACGCUGUCCAGGAACCCUGAGUUGCGAAGCGCUCUACCGGUGAGUUGCGUGGAAGAGCUGCUUCAGGCCUUGCGCUCCAGAGGCUAUGGCCCUUGGCGUUUGGAGUUGGAGGCAGUGGUACACCUGCUGGAGGCGCUGCAUGGUUUGCGUUUGGAAGAUGAGGUCCUCUUGGAGCUGCUGCUGGAUCGCCUGCCAGCUGCCAUGCGGCUCAGUGACUUGUCUUUGACGUUGCUGCUGCGUUUCUUGGAAGCCUUGGCCGACCUGCCCAAAAGGAGCCGUGCCCAAGUGGCGGCGCAUUUGCACAGACGCCGGAAGUUGCAAAACGCCUUGAAGGAGAGCCUCUACAAGCAGGUGACCAGCAAAAAUUUGGACCUCGAGGCCCAGGUGGUGAUUGCAAAGGCCAUUGCCCGCCUGGGUUAUGAGGAGCCCUUGACCCAAGAGUUUUUGGAAAGGCUGACAUACAGCCCCCAGCUGCCGACGCUGUCGCUGGACACCGCCUGCGACCUGUGCUUCACCUUGGCGCAGCAGAGCUGGCAGAUCGAGUGGAAUCGGCGUUUUGCCUGGAAAGUGCUGCACGCGUUGUAUGGCGUGGAGAUUCCACAGGCGUUGCAAGACGAUGAGCCUCUGGCCCUCGCCGUGAAGGUGAACCCAGUGGAGCCAGGAUCCUUGCUGCGCCUCGCUUGGGCUCUGGCGGUGUUGGAUGAGGCGUUGCCUUUGCCGCUGCUGGAGCAAUUGGCAGAUCUUCCACUACCCCGCGACUGGGGCGGCUACGGGCUGAAACAGUUGCAGGAGGUGGCCUUACAUCAUCAACUCCAGGCCAAACUGAACAAAGAGUCAGUACCUUGCAAAGUCAAGGAGUGGAUGGAGUUGGUUCUAGAGGUUCCUCGUGAAGACCAAUAUGUACCACAACAGCCGAGGCGUGCAGAGCGCAACCGGAAGCAGAUUUCUGCUGCAAGGUAUAGUUACGAGACAUGGCUGACAGUCACACUGUCGCAGCUGCAUUUGCCUCAUCAGGCACAGCAAGUGGUGGGAUGCCACCGGGUGCCGAUCACUUUCAAGCGGCAGCUGCAUUUGAUCGACGUCUUGAGCCUUGAGGACCUUACGGUUCCAGCAGGUCGCAUCACUGGCAGCGCCGAAUUACGGCGCCGCCAAUUGAUGCAGCUGGGCUGGGCGAUGCACAGCAUCAAACUUUCUGAGCUGUAUGAGGCUGCAAGGACGGGCACGUUGAGGCUGGUUGUAUCCAAAUUGGUUUCAUCUCUGGAUGAGACAGCAGCCUCAGGUGGCUUUGCAGAGCCAAUGCUGCGGAAGAAGGUACCACAAGUGCGCCCUUUGAAUCGCCCCAUGCGCAUCCAGAGCCAGGCUGAUGACGAGUUUCUUGACAGCGAUGGAGAGGAUUUCUCUUCAGUUCCAUGUGGCAAAGACCCACGACUGGUUUUGCGGCAACGAGCUCACCAUGUCUUGCAAGCCGGAAAAAAUCAGGAAGCAGCAUUUGAGUUGCCUUUGUCAACCAACAUGGGAUGGGUUAAUUUUCCAAUGCGAGGUUGCCCAAAUUAUGCAAGACAAAAAAAUUAUUUCAUGUAA